AUGUCAGAAGGGUUUGAUUUCCAAGACAAUUCAUUUUCUUAGUAAAUAAAUGAACCAUUACAUUCAAAUUAUUGCUAUUAAGUAGAUAAUGAUUAAUUGGAAAACAGAUAAUACCUAAAUGAACCUGAGAAUAAUAUGUUAGAUUAAUUUAGUUAAAAAUAAUAGAGCAAUAUUUUAUUAAAAUAAUAAGAGGAAGAUUCAGAGAAAGUUGAUUAUAAAAAUUUACCUAAAUUAAUUGGAAACAAUUUUCAAAAAUACAUAGAGUAAAAUGAAAAAUAAAUUUCAAUUUCAGAAGGCUUGAAAAAAUUUUUAAAUGAGAGAAAAGCCAAAAAAGACAAAGAUAAAAAGAAAGAUAAACAAAUAUCUACAAAAAUAUCAGAUUUAAGAUUGAUUUGUUAAACUGACAAUAAUUCAAAAGGAAUUUUCAAGAAGUAUAUUAAAAAAUAAUUUAUAAUUGAUUUAAUUCACAGUACUAAAAUAGAAAAUCCAUUAAAAUAUAUAGAUGGAAUAAGUACUUAUUUUGCUGCUGCCGAAUAACCAGAGAAGAUGAUUAGCAGUCAUAUUAUUAGUUCAAAAAGAAAAUAAUAAAAAAAAUGA